UUACUAGAACCAUCAAUAUAACACAACAAAAUCACGGAUAUGCGUUCUACACUUCCACAUUCCAGAAUCCAACUAUAUGAAUCCCCGCCUCCAACUCCUCAUCACUAUCAUAUCAUUUUUCCUUACAUACCUCACAUAUCUUGUUACGUUAAAACCGAAGCCCCGGAAUAAUGACGAAUUUCAAAAUUCAAAUCACGUCCGAUAGUGUCUGCCCGUGGUGCUACGUCGGCUACAGGCGCCUAUCACGCGCAAUAGCAACACACAAAGCCACGAACCCCCUGGACACAUUCACUAUAACCUGGUCACCUUUUUACCUGAAUGCAGGCGCGCCAGCGUAUCCAGGCGUCGACAAGCAGGAGUUUUAUGCGUCCAAGUUUGGGGCGCGGGCGCCAGCUAUGUUUUCGCGGCUGAGCGCUAUUGGUGAGGCCGAGGGCAUCGCUUUUAAGUUUGGGGGGAGGCUUGGGAGGACGAGAGAUUCGCACCGACUUGCUUGGUUUGCGGGGGCAAAGGAGAAGGAAGGCCAGGGGAGUGGGAAUGGGGGUGGGGUGAUUGGGGGCUUGCAGACGAGGGUGGUGGAGAAGUUGUUCCGGGCCUACUUUGAGGAGGAGAAGAAUAUUACGGAGAGGGGGGUGUUGGUUGAUGCUGGGAUUGCGGCUGGGCUGGAGAAGGGCGAGGUGGAGGGACUGUUGGAUUCAGAUGCUGGAGGGAAGGAAGUUGAUCAGGAAGCUGAGGCGGCGAGGAGGCAGUUUGUGACUGGCGUGCCCUAUUUUAUGGUGCAGAGCCAGUAUGCCGUUGAAGGGGCCGAAGAGCCAGACACGUUUUUAGACAUUUUUCAGCGUAUAAAGGGCGCGGAAGCUUCGUGAAGAAAUCUCUACGGUUCAAUGGGCACCAGGGCAAAAUGAUAAGCUGAUUGCAUUUGUUUGACAAACAUGAUCGAAUUAGAAGCAGUGGUAAGACUAAUACACAACAUGAAAACCCGACACCGUAGAAAAACCCACGCAGAAGCCAAUCCAAGAUGAGAAGCGUUGCUGCAAACGCCGGUGGCAUGCGAACAUCUAGAAAUACACAGUGGAAGAA